UGUGUGUGUGUGUGUUCAUUCAUCAGGAGAAUGUGUCAGAGAUCCCUGGUGUAUAUUGGAGAGAGAUUUUUAAAGCUUGAUUUGGUUUGAAAUGAUCUUGAGCUCUGAUUACAUUGUCAUCAAGUGCCCAGGAAACAACAUGUGUUAACACAGCAAAUAAAGGUUGAGAUUGUGGUGCUUUUACUUACCUGAGUGAGCAACAAGUCAUGUCCCAUGGAAGCCAAGGAGAGUACUCGCGUGUGUAAGUGCUCACCAACAUGAAUAAGGGCUUCAGAGUCUGGGGCAAAUGAAUCCAGCUGCUCAUAACUAGCGGUGGGUGAAACACCUGGAAUAAUAAUAAAGCAGAUGGUGGUACCUGGGGUCUAUCUAUUUUCAUCAUCUCUUUUCACCCAAUCCAGAGCUGUUUAUCCAAAGCUCACUGAACUCUGGGAUUCAGAUAAUGUGGGACUCAGCUUUGGUUUUGCUCAGCCUGACUAAGGUUUGGCACACUUAAAACCAGCCUUGAUUUUGCCCAUCGUUCAGAACAGGGAGCUCCUAACUAAUGUUUAAACUCAGUACCUUCACAGUCCAUUGUCAGUGCUUCCUGCCAUCCUGCAAACAUGCCAGCCAUGUGUUUUCUUAAUUCGUUCCAGUGAUUUGCUAACCUCCCAGCCAAAGGUGUACAGUGUGUGUUCUCUUUGCAUGACGCUGCAUGUUUAUUCACAGCAUUGUGCGAUUGGCUGCAAUGCAUUUUAAUUCUGUGCAUUGUUCUCUGGGGCUGAUGAUGCCGUUGCAUUGUGCUGAGUUUUUAAGAGUGUGAACAGCACUGCUGAUGUGACUGAGUGGGGGCCUACUUUCAGCUGGACCUGGAUGAAACUAAAUGGUUCAGUCUUCCUGUGACCCACAUGCACGGCAAGACAGGCAUAUUGAAAGAGAUGGAGUUAGUGUAACUAAAACAUUGAAAAACGAUGCAAGAUUCACCCAGUUCCCUGGCAAUGGAUGGAUACUCCAGUAAUGUGCCAGCAUUCCUGACUAAACUGUGGACGCUGGUGGAAGAUCCUGAAACAAACCAUCUAAUUUGCUGGAGCACUAAUGGCACCAGCUUCCACGUUUUCGAUCAAGGUCAGUUUGCCAAGGAGGUGCUGCCUAAGUAUUUCAAACACAACAACAUGGCCAGCUUCGUCCGGCAGCUGAACAUGUAUGGCUUCAGGAAAGUGGUCAAUAUAGAGCAGGGUGGCCUUGUCAAGCCUGAAUGGGAUGACACCGAGUUCCAGCAUCUUUAUUUCCUACAAGGCCACGAACACCUCUUGGAACACAUCAAAAGGAAGGUAUCUAUUGUGAAAAAUGAGGAAACGAAGAUGCGCCAGGAGGAUCUCAGCAGGUUGCUCUAUGAAGUCCAGAUUCUGAGAAGUCAGCAGGAGAACAUGGAGUGUCAAAUGCAGGACAUGAAGCAACAAAAUGAAGUCCUGUGGCGGGAAGUUGUAUCUCUCAGGCAGAAUCAUUCUCAGCAACAGAAAGUGAUCAACAAGCUGAUUCAGUUUCUGUUCGGCCAGCUCCAAUCAAACCCCAGCAGCGCUGGAAUAAAGAGAAAACUACCUCUGAUGUUAGAUGAUGGAAGCUCAGCACCACAAGUGUCCAAGUUCAACCGACAUCUGUCUGUGGACCCUCUUCAUGAUUCCUAUUUCAUUCAGUCGCCAUCUACAGAACCUGCCUCGUGCUUAACCAGUCCUGCUAUUGCUGGAGGGCCAGUCAUAUCAGAUGUUACUGAAGCAUCACCACCGAACGUCGCAUCGCUUCAAUCUCCUCCAGAGGGUGACAGGGAAAAAUGCCACAUGCUGAUCAAGGAAGAACCAGUUAGCCCUGGAGUGAAAGCCACAUCUGAGCCAGAUGUCUCUCUGCCUGGCUGUACUGCCUGUGCUGAACCCCCUGUGUUACCAGUUGCAAUGAUUCAGUCUGUUUUAGAAGGCAAAGGGAGCUGCGGGGCGCCCCAGUCUGCAAGUUCACAGCAACCCGAAAGAAGAGGCAGAAGGGCACCUCUAGACAGAGCAGAAAUUUCUGACCCAAUGGAUGGCACUGAUUUGAGUUUAGAAGGCCUGCAGCUGCUGCUGAGGAGCCAGCAAUAUAAUCUGGAACCUGCCAGCGUUUUGGAUGUCUUUAAUCCAAAUCUUUCAGUGAGUGAGUGGAAUCUGACUGACAUGGAAGCCAAUUUUUCACCGAUGCAGCAACUCACAGUGGAUCUGGAGAAGAAUGUAAAUGAGCUGUCUCCCAAAGUGUUAAAUCCUCACUUUAACACCACCUGCUCAGGGAAAGAUGUCAUUCUUGAAUGCACCCAGCAGUUUCCCAUUGAGCGUGAAGCAGGCUUCGGGAGCAACAUUGUAAACCUACCUGAAAGUUCAGCUCUUUAUAUUCCAUCUGAAAAUAUGGCUUCCUAUCUAUCCUCUGUGGGUCUCCAAGGAGAUAUUCCAUUAAACCUGAACUCUCCAACUGAAAGUAACUAGUGAUCUAUUUAGCUUUACAAGACAAUUGUGCCUUUUACUCCCUUACAAAACAUCUACAGUUUUGAUUGUAAAGAAACAACAGUGACUUAGAAACACAUGAAAGAGUGGUUGUUGCUUUUUUUUGAAUUGAUGGAAAAUUCAGCCACCAUAACUGUUUGCACUGCCCAAUGUUUUUCAGUGUUUACCCAGGACAAAUUUUACAAUGGGCAGUCUUCUUCCAAGAAACAAACUGCAGUCGUUGCUCACUCCCGUGGGGCGCAAGGGUUUGUUAUU